AUUUAGUGCAAUGCUGGAUUGUUACUGGAACGCAAUGGUUUAGUAUGUCAACCAACAGUGAAGGACUUUCACAAGUAACACCAGGAUCAUGGCUCACUUUCCUCAUCAGGCUUUGCUGGUGUGUGGACUCAUUUUCUGUUUACCUUCAGGAUUUCCACAAACGUUCACUGUAAACCACCCAGCUAAUAUUGUAGCCUGGAAUGGUUCGUGUGCUUUAAUACCGUGCAAAUGUUCUCACCCGUCUUACGAAAUCACUACAUUUAAAUGGAUUCACUCUCCAUAUUUUAAUGAUAGUACUAAGGAGUAUGAAGGCAAUAUUGUUUAUAGCAGUAUUAAUCAUAAUGAAGUGAGUUCAUCCUUUAAGGACAGAGUCCCUUCCAGGGAAAAGCAGGAAAAAGAUUGCACAAUCGUAAUAACAAAUCUUCAAGAAAAUGACUCUGGAAGUUAUGGUUUUAGAAUAUGGACAAAUGUUGAGAUACAGAAGUGGAUACAAGAACCAUACUUACAUCUGAAUGUCUCAGAUCAAGCACCAGAUUUUAAAAUUGAGGAUAUACGCAUGGAAAUGAAAGAGUCAGAAGAAGCAAAGGUGACUUGCUCUGUAAAUUACUAUUGCCCUGAGUACCAAGUGAAUCUUGCAUGGAUUGCAGAUUUGAAUGUCUCAAGCACCACAAAACCACCAAGAAAGCAAAACAAUGAUUUAAGCACAAAGAGCAUUCUGACUUUCCUUCCAUCAUGGAGAGACCACAAUAAAACCAUAGAAUGUGUUCUAACAAGAGGAAAUACGUAUGUAAUAACCGAAAGACGUCAGCUACUACUCAACGUGCAAUAUGCACCCAAAGAUGUUAAAAUAUUGAAUGAAAACCAUACUCUGGAAAUUAUAGAAGGAGAGCAAAUACACCUGAGAUGCACUGCACAUAGCAGCAAUCCACCAGUGAACAGAUAUACUUGGUACAAUACCAAGAAAUCCGACAUUGGAAAACAGGAAAAACUUGUAGUUAAAGAAUCUGAGACUUACUAUUGUGAAGCAGGAAAUAACAUGGGAUCUGCUCAAUCAACCAGUGUGACAAUAAAUGUUUUAUAUGCUCCAAAAAAUGUAAGAAUUGUGAAAAAUAAUGAAAGGAUAAAAGAAACGGACCAUGUUACGCUAAACUGUUACGCAUCUGCAAACCCUUCAGUUGUCUAUUAUACAUGGUACAAAGAUAAAAAAAUAUAUGUGAAUCAAACAGUAAGUAAGAUUACAUUCCCCAGUAUCAAGGAGUCAGAUUCAGGAUCAUAUGAAUGUGAAGCUAACAAUAAACUGGGAUCAAAAAUGUCACUACCCGUAAAAGUGGAUGUCAUGUAUUCUCCCAGGCUACCAGAAGUUAUAAUAAAACCUAAAGGCCAUAUAUUUAUAGAAGGAACUGAUGUGAAAUUAACAUGUUAUAUUAACAGCAGCAACCCAGAAAUAACCAAAAUUGUAUGGUACAAGAUGGAGAAUUACAUAAAGGGUGCAAAAGAGAUUCAAUUUCAAACAAUAAAGGCAAAGGAUUCUGGCAGAUAUGUGUGUGAAGCCUGUAAUAUAAUAGGUUGUACCAAAUCCGAAAGUGUAGACAUAAAUGUCCAUUAUCCCCCCAAAGGGACACAUGUUAAAAUAAAAAAUUUAACAUUCCAAGAAGGAGAACCAGCAUUGUUGACAUGUUACACAAAUCAAAGUGAGCCUAAAAUCUCUGGUUACCAAUGGUUCAAAGACAAACGCCCAUACCAAAACCAGAGGGAGCGACUAACGUUUGAUAGCAUACAAUGGACAGAUUCUGGUGCAUAUGCAUGUGAAGCCAGGAAUACAAUUGGCUCUGGCAUGUCAGAGCCUGUUGAAAUUUCAAUCCUCUAUGGACCUAAAAAUCUAAAUAUUUCUGUCAACCCUUCAAAAUCAGUGACGGAAUACAUGGAUAUUUCCUUGAUAUGCUCAGCAAAAGCCAAUCCUCCAGAGCUUAAAUAUUUUUGGUACCGAGAUAAUAUUUAUUUGAAACGAGAAAAAAGUCAAUUAUUUCUCAGAAACAUACAAAGAAGUGACAGUGGUGCAUAUUAUUGCAAAGCAAGUAAUGAUAUUGGAACUGUGGAAUCCCAACAUCUUGAACUUCAUGUUUCAUAUAGCUCAACUACCAUCAUCAAGUAUGUUGCAGCAGGAAGUGGCAUUUUAAUUCUACUUAUUGUUACCUUUUUGGCAUUGCGAUUCAAAGUUUGGAAGAAGAUUUAUCAUAGUGAAGGGGAUAAAAGCGAAUCAUCUUUUUUUGUGUUAAAAAAGUCUGAAAAUAAUAUAAGACAAAACCCAUCAGCGAACAGUUCCACAGAAGAAUUGAAUUACUCUGUAGUUCAUGCUGUCCCUUCAUUUCAGAAAAGGACUAGGCCACAAAGGACCGAUGUAAGGCCUGAUGAUCCAGCAGUGAUUUAUAGCGUUGUGAUGCAAUCUUGCAGUGGUUCCCAGGUGAAUGAAUAUGAAAAUGUAGAACCAUCAGACAUCCCUAAAGCACAAAAUGGAAAUCAAGAUGAUAUUCACUAUUCUACUAUUGCCCAUCUGCCUAAAAUGGAGACUGCCCUUCAUCGUGACAAUGAAAUUGAAUAUGCAAUGCUCAGGCACUGAAGAUAACAACUUUGCUUUCAUUAAAUGAUCUACAAUACAGAAAGUUCCAUAGUUAAUAACAAAUAUAUCUGCACUAAUGCUAAACGAUUAUCCUUUUUAGUGUGAAGCUAAAUAAUUCUUUAGAAAAAUAUACUAAGUAAGCUAUGCCUAUGGAAACUGUGUAGUUCCAUGAUCUAAUCUACUAUAUAUAUGGGGGGUUUUCAGAUCAA